AUGGCGUUCCCAUCAUUGGUCAUGACUAUACCUCCCAUUGGAUCCAUCAACAUCUGCAGCCAAGGUAAGAUGGCCCCGGCGUACGAGAUGGCAGUAGGCUUCAAAAAGGGCCACAAAGUCACUAAACUACAGCAGAAACCACGGCCUUCUAGACGCCGAGGGUUUCUGUGUAAGCGGGUAAAGUUCGUGAGGGACGUGGUGAGAGAGGUGGUGGGACUGGCUCCCUACGAGAAGAGAAUCAUUGAACUGCUCAAGGUCCAGAGGGACAAGCGAGCUCUCAAAUUUGCCAAGAAAAGGGAGAGCCAAGAGGAAGCGAGAAGAGAUGCAAAAGGCCUUCGCGGCCUGCUGGUGCUGCUGAUAACUGUCGGUGCGGCCGCCGGAUUGACUGGAAGCGCGCCGAGCGUGGAUCUGCCGGACCUCUUCCCCGUCUCCUCAACCUCUGCCUGCGGACCAGACACGCCCCCCACCAGUUACGAAGAACCCCAGAACUCGGGCCAGUUUCAAAUCUGCGGCAGCGGAGGACGCGAUUUCUCCGCCGAGAACGUGCAAGACGGCAACUCUAGCACGAGAUGGCAGUCGGAGAACGGAAUUUCUCCAGUUUACCUCAACUUUACCAUCUCUGAGCCUGGCGUUUCUCUGAGUUUCCUUGGAGUCCGACUGGCGUUUGCCUCUGGCCUGCCUCGUCGGCUGUACUUGGAGGUCCGCCUUGCUGGGUUGCAGACGUUCGAUACGCUGCGAGUGUUCGCCGUCAACGCGAGCAGAGACUGCGAGGGAGCGGACAACUGCGAGGAAUUCACGGUGGAAGAGGUAUUGGCGGAUGGUGGAGUUAUAGCACUUUGCCCACUAGCAUCUUCAGCAGAAUCAGUAGAUGAGAUUCGUGUAAAGUUUGAUGGAUUUCAAGACCACUUCCAGAACACGAGUUCUCAGUAUUAUGCAGUGUAUGAAGCUCAUGUACUGGGCUGGGUAGCUGAUGAUUACUUUGCCCGCUCGCUGACGGCCAUCUUGGUUGAAGGAGAGGAAGGAUAUCCUCUCACACAGGCCCCGUUUACAACCAGCACUGAUGAGGAACAGAUUGCAGGGUUUUCCUCUCGUGGCUUUGCCAGUUUCUCAUUAGACUCUCUAACUCAAGAGUCUUUUGGGUGGGAGUUUCCUUCCAUUCCCCAAACCACCACCUACCAAAUAUGGCUGAGCUACACCAACCCUGGAACUGAUGUCUCUCUAACGGCGAUGGUCACUGGCGGCGAUCAGCUCUACAAUGCCAGAGUCGUAAAUAUCCUGAGUACCGAAUCGUUCUUUUUGACUUCUGGUGAAAGUUGGAACAUUGCACUAACUCUGAACGAUAUCGACCUCAACAUAGAUUAUAUUUUUGCCGUUCCAAUGGAAUUCUACGAAGCCACUGCAAUCGAAGAGAGCGAAAGGUUUCUGGAGAACUGCGAUUUCAUUGGUGGAUCACUGGGUCAGGGGACGGCCGACGAGCAGUUUUGUUUGGAGAGUGCAGUACAGCUUUCCAUUGACUUCUACCAGCUCACCUAUCUGUGUGGGUGCAGUGAGGUAGGUGCCAUUGACAACAACUGUGCAGUGUACGGAGGACGAUGUGACUGUGUUGACCAAUCAGACGGCUUCUCUCGUAUCACCGGGCGACGCUGCGACCUUUGCCCUUUCACCACCUACCUCACAAGCUCGGGAUGUGCAGACUGUGGAUGUGUGGACCCCUCGGAGAGCUGUGAAGUGGCUACUGGGCAGUGUCGGUGUCAAUCACUGGUGACUGGAGAACAUGUGACGCUUGUGUUCCCAACAGUUUCGGAGACCCCGGCGAGGGAUGCUCCCCCUGUGGGUGUGGCCUCCUGGGGACUCAGUACUGCAAUAACACCACUGGAGACUGCGUGUUGGUUCAACUUGAGCUCCACCGGCUGUGAGGAGUGUGGUUGCCAUGCCAUUGGGAGCACAAACAGCAGUUGUGACAACGCGGGACAGUGCACCUGCCAACCCAAUGUGGGGAGUCCCAAAUGCUCCAGCUGUCUUCCAGACUCUUUCUUCCUCGCCACCUCUGGCUGUACUCCCUGUGACUGCUCCGGACGCUCUGACAGCUGCUAUCAGAACCUCAAUGUGACCUCUGAACCCUCCGAAGUGUGUGACUGCCCCGCCCCCUACGAGGGGGAGUCGUGCGAGCGGUGCCGGACCGGCUGGUUCAUGUCCUCCGUGAGUGGUGACUGCCAGCUAUGCCAGUGUAACGGACUCUCCGAUAGUUGCCUCGAUGGGAACGGAACUUGCCUGGGUUGUCGCGGCAACAGCACUGGUGCAGGGUGUGAUGUUUGUGUCGAUGGUUACUAUGAUGCUGACCCCUCUGACCCUGGAAUCACUUGCCUCCCAUGUCCCUGUACUACUGUGACUGCCAUUGACUCUCUCUGCACCCCUGACACGCUCGGCAACCCGGUAUGCCACUGUCGUCAGGGACACGAGGGAGACACGUGUGACUCUUGCUCAGAGGGAUAUUUCGGAGCUCCUCCUGAUUUCCGCUGCACUCGCUGCGACUGUAACGGGAACAUUAACCCCUCGGUGCCUGGGUCAUGUGACACAGACACUGGACGAUGCAUGAAAUGCACCAACAAUAGUACAGGGGAUGAGUGUGAGACAUGUGCACCUGGUUUCUAUGGCAACGCCACCACACAAGACUGCCAGCAAUGUGAUUGUCAUGCUCCUGGGUCAGACGGCUCGCUGUGUGACAGUACGACAGGUCAGUGCUCCUGCCUGCCUGGGGUGAACGGCCUUCGCUGUGAACAAUGUCUGCCUGGCUACUGGAAUUUCAUACCUAACGUCGGCUGCCAACCGUGCGUCUGUGAUGGCAGUGUACUCAGCGGUUCCUGUGACGUGGUGACCGGUGAAUGUGAAUGCAGUGAGGGUGUGGGUGGAAGGGGGUGUGACUUCUGUCUCCCGGGCUACUUCAACUUCUCACCUACCGACGGUUGCACACCUUGCGAGUGUGGAGUUGGCGCAGUCAACGGCAGCUGCUACUCAAACGGACAAUGCUUCUGCCAACCUGGAGUUGAAGGCGCCAAAUGUGACCUCUGUCAACCUUUCACCUUUGACCUCUCCCCGUCCGGGUGCGAACCAUGCGGAGAGUGCGAGCAGAGUCUGAGAGACGACCUGGAGAGGGAGGAGGAGGUCCUGGCAAACAUCACGGAGCAGGAGGAGCUGGUGACGCAGCUGUCCGCCAUCGACCAGGAGGGCCUCGGACAGGUGGCACAGGUAGCUGACCAGCUUCGAGAAGAUCUCGUGGGAAUUGGUGGGCGGUUGGAGCAGAUUGAGGCUGCAGCGGCCUCCGUGAACGAGAGUUACGCAGACGCACUAGAGGCUGUCCCGGUGAUAGAAGAAACGGUGGCGGACUCGUUGCAGGUGACCUUUGAACUGCAGCCGACAGCGGAGGAGGUCGGUAACGGUAUCCAGGAGAUCUACAACCGGGUCCAGAGAGGACUGGGCCAGCUCGUCGAUUCUACACUCUUUGCCGAGACAGUCACGCCCCGUGUGGCUGACUGGGUUGCCACGGCAGAGAGUAUUGCUGAUGAUGUCACCGCUAUUACAGAGUUGCACGCCACAGAGGAUUAUUCCGAUGAUGUAAUGGCUCUGGAGGGUGCGGUCGAACGAGCCAAUCAGAUCGCUGUUCGGGCAACGGGUGUACGUGACCUAUCACAGAGUUUGAAUGGUGAAGCAGAGAAUUUGAUUGGAGGACUCCAGCGAAUUUCAGAUGAUGUCGACAUUACAUCAUCAUCCAUUAGGGAUAUCACGGAAGAAUUGGAGGAAGUUGAAAAUUUACUUGAAAUGACAGCUACUGAGGUUUCUAGCUUGAUUCAAGAUGUCAGUACCAUCAAUGAUGUCAUUGAGAGAGCUCAAACUGAAAUUGAAAGUUCUGAACAAGUGAUUUCCCAAACAAACAUCACUGCAGUAUGCGAGUCUGUUGAUGAGUUGAGAUAUUGGAUUGGAAUGGAGACCCCUGCAAUGUCUGGUUCCGGUACUGAACCGGGAGGACCUUUGACCCCAGAGUUAGGUGACGGAAUGGAGCCAGCGGUAUCUGGAUCGGGAAUGGGACUGGCCCCCAACGCACUGACCAAUCAGGUGGCUCGUCUUGAGGAGGGUGUUGAGAGUGUGGGUGUGGCACUGGGCGUGGUAAGGGGUGUGGUCAGCUCAGCAGUCGACUACGGCACAUCUCUCCAGGAACAGGCAGAUAUGAUUUGCAGUAUUCUGUCAGAGAGCCUGGACUCUGGUGGAACUGCAGUGGAGGUCAUUCUGAAUUACACCUCCUCCGUCGAAGCCAUAGAGGAGGCUCUCCGGGUUGCCACGGAGACGAGGGAGGUGCUGGAGGAAGUGGGGAGAGUGGUGAUGGGGGGAGAGGGGGAGGAGCUUCGCCGUGAGACACGGCAGCUGUUUGCAAUGUCGGAAACCCUCCUCAGUGAUGCCAGGGAAGAGGGCCAAAGGGCAGAAGCAAUGACCGUUCUCCAGACGUCUCAAACGUCACGUUUCAUCGAUUCAUCGCGGAGCACCACCUCAGCCAUUCACCAGUCCCUCCUCACACAACUCUCCAGUCUCCGUGACAACGCAUCCGCUGCCGUGGGAACAGUAAACGAGACUGGCAUAAACUUUGCCAUCGCUCGCGCAAUUCUCGUCAGCACCAACUCCACACUAACAACUACCCAAUCGGAGCUGACGUCAAGAAGGACAUUCCUUCAAAUGGCGGAGGGAGAGAGGGAGGGAAACGAGGGAGAGUUGAACGGACUAGCGUCUGACUUGGCCGGACUAAGACAAGACCUGGACGCUGCAAGAAGAGCUGCGGCCAUGAUUGAUGUGGCUUUGCGUUUCCAUGGAAAUUCUUCUCUUGGGUACAACAAUGUUGGAUUAACCCCCUCUGACCCAGCAACACGUAUUUCGAUGGUGUUUAACCCUUCUGAGACCACUGGGCUUAUGCUCCAUUCGUCCCCCGGGGGAGACGGACAGCACUCCCUGACUCUCAGUCUACAGAACGGGAGCCUUGCUUUCGCCACUGAACUGGGCGGGGCCAAGGAGGUGGAGCUUGUUUCCACGGCAACCGGAGUAAUACAGGAAGGCACCUGGUACCAGCUGUUUGCCACAAAGGAAGGUGGCGGCAUUCAAUUGUCAGUCUCGCCACUCCAAGGGGGUGUGGCCUACCCCACCUCUCUCUUCUCUACCUCCUCACCCGCUCCCCCCUCCCUCCCUCCUAAUGGAACUCUGUAUCUCGGAGGUUCACCUGCUCUCGUUGCCGGCGGUUACUCGGGCUGUCUCGACCGUGUUGUUGUUAAUGACAAUCUCAUUCCCCUUCCUCUCCCUGACAUAAAUGAUGGUCAACCGCUCCAAUUUUGUGGGCCACGACCUCCGUCCGAGGUUGCUAGGAGACUGGAGACUGGCGUGUGGCUACAGGGAGGAGGGAGCUACGUUCAGGUCGUUAACUCGCUAAUUGAAGGGGCCUCCCCACUUUCAACAACGCUAGAGUUCCGAAAGUUUUCUGCCGAGGGGUUGCUGCUAGCCUUGUUCAGUGAGGAUAUGGCUCAGAGACUGGCAGUGGAGGUGACGGAUGGACGACUCAGUCUCCAGUUCUCCCGAGACCUCCUCACCACGGCAACGGCACAAACAGUGGGUGUGGUCAACGACGGAGAGUGGCACAUUGUGGAGGUCACCGUGGAGGCAAAUACUGCAUUCUUAUUGGUCGAUUCAAAUGAGGGAGUCAACGCCACUUCGACGAUGUCCGUAUCAACAUUUACUCCAUCGUCCCAGCAACUGUAUAUAGGUGGUCUUCCUUCAUCUCUUCAAUCUUCCAUCGGAAGUUCUGAAGUUUCUCUGCCUGGGUGUGCAAGGAGCCUCCAAAUCUCCGGUGAAACUGUCUCGCUCAACUCCUCUUCCUCUCACUCCCGCGUCUCCUUCUCUGGGUGCCCCUCCGAGGUGGUCCCGGGUGCAAGGUUCACGGGGGAAGGCGUGGCAGUGCUCCGCCCAGCAACAGACGAUGUUUACCGGGUUUCCUUUCAGUUUCACUCCACUCAGCUGGCUUCUCUCCUCCUUUACAUCGGGAACGAGAAUUCUUCAGUUUCAAUUAGUCUUUACCACACAAAGAUCAGAGUUGACGUUCCCGGGGCUGUCCUGUUUUCAAUUCGGGACGGCCUGAAUGACGAUGCCUGGCACAGUGUGGUACUGGAACUGGGGAAUGGGAGAACGAACCUCACCGUUGACGAUGAUGUCGCAGUGACCACACCCACAUCCGAACCACACCCAAUGACGGGAAGUGACGUCAUAGUGGGCGGGUUUGGCCGAUUUUUCUCGUGCCCUGUCUCUGGAGGGUGUGGCUCUGUAUGGUUGCCGCCCAGGAACCACGCCCAUAACCACACCCCCUUCCUCCUCCGCCUCCUCUUCCUCCUCCUCCUUCAACUAAAUCCCAACAUCAGCGUGGGUCUGGACGGACAAGAUGGCAGUUUUCUCUCAUUCCCAAUAGCUUUAUCUGAACUAGCAGAAAGCCACAUCAUCGCAAUCCAGUUCCAGACCAGUUCACCCAAUGCCAUGCUACUCUACGCCCAAGGCAACUACGAUUUCUUGGCCCUAGAACUCAUACGCGGGUUCCUAGUCUACACCUACAACCUGGGAACCGGACGUGUCAUACUGACGUCAAACCACACCUACCACGACGGACUGGACCACUCUGUGUCGUUGUACAGGAAUGGUCGUGAGGGUACCAUGACGAUAGACGGAGGGAGAGAGACUGUAUCGGGAGUGUCUCCAGGCAACUUCUCGUCUCUACACGUUGACAUGGGGGUCAUCUUUGUGGGCGGUACUCCUCUCGUAUUCCCACCUUCCAACCUCAUCCGCUCAGAACCACAGGCGAAGAGCAUCAGAGGCUGUUUGCUGUCUCUCUCCAUUAACUCUGUCUUCCUGAACCUCGGCUCCCCGAUGGCCAGUCAGGGCUCGGAGGAAUGUCUGGAAUUCUACACCAACCUCGCCACCUUCUCUGGUCUCGGAUACCUGCAGCUGCUGGAUGAAGUACGUGGUGGAAUCGAUUUCUCGGCUUCGCUGGAGUUCCGGACGACCAGCUGCACAGGGCUUCUUCUCUACAUCGCAAGCUCCUCCCACCCAGACCACCUGGCUCUGGAGAUGGUGGACGGAUUGGUGAGACUUAUCUUUGACAACGGGCCAAGUCCGACACUAGUGGAGUACUUGUCUCCCACUCUCCUCUGCGACGGAGAGUGGCACUCCGUGAGCGUCGUCAAGGAUGAAAUUACGGGAGCCGUAUCGGUCGACAGGGGCAGAACCGGUUAGACAAGAAUCGGACAUCGUAAAUUUCGUGUCCCUGGAUCUCAACAGCCCACUAUUUGUGGGCGGAGUCCCCGAUGUUUCGAGCCUCAGAUCCACAGUAGUGAGUGGUCAAGUGGAGAGGAGUAGUUUUGAAGGUUGCAUCAGAAAUGUGUACGUGUCCACAACCCGUACCGGACCAUUGGAACGAGACCUGGCCCUGGCUUCUACCAGCAGUGGAGUCACAUUCCACACUUGUAGCCCCUAGCAACUGACAAUAACCUACAGCAUUGCAUUUAGCAUAAACAUUCUUUUUAGCACCAACAUUUUAUAUUUUACAAUUUCAGUUUACUAAACGCUAAAUCGCAUAUUUGUUCUAAUUGCUGAGUCAACAUUACAUUGUCGCCGUUGUUGCUAAGCAACAUCUGGCAGGAGUAGUCGUCGAGGGCGCACUCGGAGGGGGCGUUGUCCACACCGUCUGUCCACACCCACCCCCUCUCCUUCCUCACAUCCUCACUAGCACACACCUUCACUGUAAGUGUCGGGUAGUGCGAAGUGAAGUAGUCCAUGUCUGUCGGCCGACGAGCAUCGCAAACCAGCCAAACUGGCUUGUCCGCUUCUGCUGUUGCUAGCCGACAAAAGUGGGCGGGGUCACGGUCUCGCCUCUCCUCCCCCCAUCGAAUCAUGUCCCUCCUGUACGUCUCCUUGUAGCUGGAGGAGUCCAGGAGCCGUUCCGCAUCCAGACCGUGCUCCUGUGCGCAGCCAAGGCACGUGAUGAUCACGUGACAACCAGCCGCCAUCACGUACUUUUGCGUACUGUUCCUUUAGAGGUUUUGAAAGCUGCAGAACCGCCAGAACGUCUUUUAGCCUGUACCAAGCCACGUCAUUCGGCAUCUGCGCGAGCUGUGUAGCUAGACAACUUACAUCAGCUUGAGUCUCUCUGCCACGUGAUCCUUCCCCGACUUUCGUUUGCCGCAGAGGACGAUUACUAGCACUGGCUGCAGCGCCAUCCGACCUCCGCCCCUGAACUAACGUAUUGGGUGUGGCC